GGCGUCCGUCCCUGCUGCAGAACCGCUGCCGGACGGCCGGCUUAAAGGGCCCGCGCGCCGCCGCCGCCGCCCACUCGGCUCGCUAUGCUGCUGUCCGUACCACUGUUGCUCGGCCUUCUCGGCCUGGCCGUCGCCGAGCCCACCGUCUACUUCAAGGAGCAGUUUCUGGACGCAGAUGGGUGGACUGACCGCUGGAUCGAAUCCAAACACAAGUCGGAUUUUGGCAAAUUCGUCCUCAGUUCCGGCAAGUUCUAUGGCGAUCUGGAGAAAGAUAAAGGGCUGCAGACCAGCCAGGAUGCCCGCUUUUACGCCCUGUCGGCACGAUUCGAGCCCUUCAGCAACAAGGGUCAGACGCUGGUGGUGCAGUUCACAGUGAAGCACGAGCAGAACAUCGACUGUGGGGGCGGCUACGUAAAGCUCUUUCCUGAUGGCUUGGACCAGACGGACAUGCAUGGCGACUCGGAGUACAACAUCAUGUUUGGGCCUGACAUCUGUGGCCCAGGCACCAAGAAGGUUCAUGUCAUCUUCAACUAUAAGGGCAAGAAUGUGCUGAUCAACAAGGACAUCCGUUGCAAGGAUGAUGAGUUCACACACCUGUACACGCUGAUCGUGCGGCCAGACAACACGUACGAGGUGAAGAUCGACAACAGCCAGGUGGAGUCGGGUUCCCUGGAGGAUGACUGGGACUUCCUGCCACCCAAGAAGAUAAAGGAUCCCGACGCGGCCAAGCCUGAAGACUGGGAUGAGCGAGCCAAGAUUGAUGACCCUACAGACUCCAAGCCUGAGGACUGGGACAAACCCGAGCACAUCCCCGACCCCGAUGCUAAGAAGCCUGAAGACUGGGACGAAGAGAUGGACGGAGAGUGGGAACCGCCAGUGAUUCAGAACCCCGAGUACAAGGGUGAGUGGAAGCCCCGGCAGAUCGACAACCCAGAUUACAAAGGCAAGUGGAUCCACCCGGAGAUCGACAACCCUGAGCACUCCCCCGAUGCCAACAUCUACUCCUACGACAGCUUCGGGGUGCUGGGCCUGGAUCUCUGGCAGGUCAAGUCCGGCACCAUCUUCGACAACUUUCUCAUCACCAACGAUGAGAAAUAUGCCGAAGAGUUCGGCAAUGAGACGUGGGGUGUCACAAAGGCCGCCGAGAAGCUGAUGAAGGACAAGCAGGAUGAGGAGCAGAGGCUAAAGGAGGAGGAAGAGGACAAGAAACACAAAGAGGAGGAGGAGGCGGAGGACAAGGAUGAAGAGGAGGACAAGGAGGAGGAGGAAGAGGAGGAAGAAGAGGACAAGGAGGAGGAGGAGGAGGAAGACGCCACCGCUGGCCAGACCAAGGACGAGCUGUAGAGGCCAUGCCACCCGCCUCCAGGGCUGGACUGAGGCCUGAGUGUGCCCGCCACAGGGCUGGCCACUCCAAAUAAUGUCUCUAUGAGACUGGAGAACUUUUCAUUUUUUUUCCAGGCAGGUUUGGAUUUGGGGUGGUUUUUUUUUUUGCUUUUUUUUUUUUUUGGUUUAGUUCUCUCCCUGCCCCCCCCCUUUUUUUUAACCAUGUCUUGUCCUCUCCACCAGCCUUCAUCUUUCUUGACAUCUUUUCCUUUCUCUGUCCCUCAGUUUACCCUCCAGCCUGGGGGGGCGGUGGGGGCGUGUGGAGAAGCCCCAGGCCCAAGAUUCCAUCUGUCCUCCUUCCUGUAGUCCGGGGCGGGGGGGGGGGGGGGCAAGAAAAAGAGGGUGACAGCCCCAGCCCUCCAGCACUGAGGAAGUCUGGGGCUCCUAGGACUUAAGCUCCGACCCCUCCAACCCUUUUCCCUUUUUCCUCUGCCCCUAGCACUGGGCCACUUCUGGGCGGGGCAGUGGGUUCCAGCUUGGCUCUCACAGAAUGUAAACUACAGACAAAAUUUCUAUUAAAUUAAGUUUUGUGUCUCC